AUGAACAUCCGUCCAAGAAUCAGAUUGGAGGAGUCGCGCCUAACCACACCCGGCUCGCAGGCCACUCCGCGGGCAAAGGCGGUGGCCUCCUCCACCAUGUUGGCCAGCUCGAUCUGCACGUCCAGCUUUCUGAUCGGAACGCCGAGCGAUCGGAGGGCCCUGACCACGCGUAUGUCGGUGCGGCGACGGGGGGUAAUGUUGAGUCUCGCCCUUGCUGUCGACGCCUUCGAGGUGGCGGCGUGGUUCUGGUCGUCCGUCGCGGUGUUCCUCGAAGACGACGACAAUCGGGGGGACCCCGCCGGGUCGCCGGACUCCGACGCGGACGACCGGGACCUCGGAGCCGCCUUGUCGGCAGCCACAAUCGCCUCCCCCGCCGCUUCCGUCGCCGAUGCCAACGAUCCGGGCUGCGUCGCGCUCCACAUCCCAACCUUUCUUUACGUCAUGGCAUCCCCGCAACAGGCAUGGUCCCUCACCGGCCACCUUCUGGCAACCGAAGAACAGCUUUACAAGUCCGCGACUCAGCACCCCUUCCUACUCGCCGGUGCCGAGGGUCGACUGCCCAAAAACAUCUUGAGUCGCUGGCUUGCCAACGACCGGUUGUACAUUCACUCGUACAUCCGCGCGGCGGGCCAAUUCCUUGCAUCAAUCGACCUUCCGAAGCAAGUGUCCGGAUCGCAGGAAGCGUUCGAGACUCGAUUGGUAGAUUGGGUGACUGAAGCUCUCGUCGCCAUCCGAAAGGAGGAACGCUUUUUCAUCGAUGUUGCUGAUCGCUACAACUUGGGCAUCGAAAUCGCCGUUCCAUUCCCUGCUACUUCGGCCGCCGCGCAGGAUAAGGUUUCCACGCAGGGCGGAAAAUUGCCGGGGUUUGUCCAACUAGACUCCCUCUUCUCAUCUGUCGGCACUCAUCCAACCACCGUCGAUUCCCCCAACAAACUACCCGGCGGAUCUCUUGUGCGAUCUCUCUUUACCAGCAGCGCCGCUACGACGACCCCGCCGACCCUCCUUCCCUGGUUGGAAGGAGCCCUCACGUUCUGGGGCACUGAGCGCUGCUAUCUGGACGCCUGGUCUUGGGCCCGCGACAAGGCCGAGGAGCGCCACCCUUCAGGCGAGGACGCUGGCAAGGAGGAUGCUGAUGGCGGUGCGCUACGCAAGGAAUUCAUCCCCAAUUGGAGCAGCCCGGAGUUCUCACGGUUCGUGGAAGAGUUGGGGAAGUUGAUUGACGAUGCAGUGGCCGAAGUGGUGCAGCGGGAGGAGGGGGAGGAGCAGGGGAAGGUGAAGGAGGCGAUUCUCGGGAGAGUGGAAGGGAAAUGGAGAACACUUUUGGAGGCUGAGAAGGAGCCCUGGACGCCAGAAGCUCGAAUCUGCCACGACGCGCGCGUCCUCCACCGCGCAAAACGCCGUGACAAGACUUCCAUGGCGACGUCAAUAUCCACGCCUCCAGUUGCGGAGAACAUAACCGAUUCCGAUGAAACGGCGGCUUCCAAACUGAUCGAAGUUCUUAAUAGAAUCGACACCACGCUUGGGACUCUAGACCGGCGCCUACAGAUCCUCGAGAAGUCAUGGCCGCCCGCUCAAGCUGGUGCUAUUGUCCCCGUUGCAGUCCAAGACGCAAGCCGUGUGCUGAAAACCGAGCACUUGGGUUUCAUUGCGAAAAGCAAGACCGAUCUGGACGGAUCAAGCCACCUCCAGGAGAUCACCGUGGAAGACAGCGACCUCCUUGCACUGCUGCUAUGCACCUCGAGUCCCUGUCUGAAUCGCCAGCAAACCCGACAAGCCACUCGCAUCGGACACAGAACCUUCACUUACCCAUUCACGGAGCUACUUUCUUACCGGGAUGUCCUCAAUUUUUUCAUUCGCGAGUCGGAGGAACCCGAUAGUGAGCUUCGAUCCCUGUAUGCCGACCACGAGGCCAGCCACGCUUUGACACCUCGUCUGAAAAUGCAGACCGCAGACCUGCUCGGCUGUUGCGAUGAACAGUGUAAGACACUUGUCCGGAGUAGAGAUGCCAACAUAGCUCGCGGCGUUGUUCUCUUCGACGACCUACCGACUAUCUUCUCUCCUGGAAUGCUGCUCGUUGGGCCAGGAGGAGAAGGUCUUGAACAAGUGGUUGAGGUUUCGUCGUGCGACAUGAUAACCGGGACGGCAACCACAGAGGCCUGCGUGGUGCAGGUUUGGCACUUCAGGUGGAACGGCAAGGGCUUCUCGAGAACGAGCAGCCGCUUUGAACUGGGCCGUUACAGCGGGGCGCGGCCGAUCAAAGCGUUCCCAUACCACCCCGUUAUUGGGUUGGAUACAAAACAAUCAGUCACUCGGUUGGGGGAACUCGUCGCUAGAAACAGGAAGUAUCUCGCACGUCUUCAGGAGAUCUCUGACGUCGAGGUUGGCGAUUACCCUCUCUGCGUCUGGGAGUCGGAGUUCUCAGACGGUUUUAGACAUGGUUCUAAGGUCGUCCAAGCCAUCCUAGACCCCGCAGCCUUUUCCUUGUACAACGAGGAACCACUGCAAACAACCGCUACUUUUGGUUGUUAUUGUUCCAAAUGCACAAGUUCUGUCUUAUCCGAAGACGUUCUUCUGAGCACCAGAUAUCUUUUGCUGGCACCGGCGAAGGUUGAGGGGUUUCUGCUCGUAGGCAAAAAGUGGACAACCUUCCCCAUUCGUGAUCUCCGUCCUGUCGAACCGUUCUGGUGGGAUGCCGACACCUUAGAAACCGUCGCCCUAGGCCAGGAUUUGGUUAACUUUCUUAAAGAGAAAAUUACGGAACACUUUGCCUGGCGAAAAGAGAUUCUGGAGGGGACAAAUCACGAUCUCCUGACCGCUGGAAACAUCUCACGCAAAGCGUUUGUUGCCCAGUUUCAUGGUCCUGAAGGUCUCGGAAAAGCAUUGACAGCAUCGUCCCUGGCAGAUUAUUGCCACCGCCCAACCCUUCGUCUCAGCCCUGACGACAUGGGUUUGGAGCCCGAAAGUUUCGCGAACAGAUUGUCGUUAUACUCCAAACUAAGCUUUCGUUGGGGUGCGGUCAUGAUCUUUUCCGAGGCAGACAACAUGCUGAAGAGCAGGCGCCUGGAUGGCCUGCUCCGGAACCCACUCGGAGAAGGUGAGAAUCGGCCGUCCAUGCAACAUCACCUCGUGCGAUAUAUCCGACAGGUUCCCUUCCCAGUUCCGUUACCCGAAGACAUCAAGAAAAUGUUUACAUCCUACCUGAGCCAGCUGGAUCCCGAAUUUGUGGAGCAGGGAGAUGAUAUGGUGAACUGGGUAGUGGCCACGGCUACGACGUUGCGGCUGUCAGUUCGCCAGUUCCGCGACAUUUUCCAGCGUGCUGCAGCUCAUGCAGACAGGGGCAGUCGGAAAUUGAAUCUGAGUAGCCUUAUCAAGGCCUACACGACGACGACCGGACGACCGAAUGAGUGGAGCCUGGUGGACGAUACUUCGUUGUAUUAUGGAAGCAGCCAGGUUUUAGAGGGGACCACUGCGCCAGCAGUGACCAAGCUCUUACGCGAUACCUUUAGUUCCUGGAAUAAGCUUCCUGACGACGGGCGGCUACCACUUACUGUUUCUGAGACAUUUUAUUCCGGAGCACCGUCGGAUCCCGCGCUUCAAGGUGCAAGCGCCCUGAAAAAAGCCACUGAAGAGCUGCAAAAGUUUGGCAGCAUGUGGAUCGUGGAUUGGGGUUGGCCAAGAGGAAUAUGGUACCCAAUGCAAGGCUGCGCGUACAGGCCCAGUGGACUGUAUCGAUGGAUAGACCCUGAUACUAAACACCCCCGCGAGGAAUGGGAGCGAGCGGAAUUCACGGUUGGGCUAGCCGACCUCAUCGACAGCCAGGAGCACGGUCACUCCAAAUCCGGCGGUCCUUGGAGGAGGCUAGUUCUCGUUGAGGUCCAUGUUCAGGCGACCACAUUGGAGUCGUUCGGCCCCGUCGCGUCCAUUACUCGACUGGACUCGUUGAAUCAGAAUCUCGGAAACACGGAUGAACCCGAUUUGCAGUUUCAUAUCGCGUUUUUUCACAUGAUUACACUCCAGACCGGGUACGUUGGAGACCUGCGAAACACGACUCGAUUCUUCAAUGCCCCUACGGUUGGAAUGAGCAAGGGCUGUUUUACGAUCUUUCCUGUGCCCUUGGUAAACGAAUCUCCGUCGUUAGCCAGCUCCAUCCAUUGGACGCUCAUCUGCCUGACACCUCAAGACUUCUGGGCACCAUUCAUAUACGAAACGUGCGCAGCGCCGACCCUCAGGGCGCAGACAACAUACUAUGUGGCCGAGGCGCUUAGAACAGUGGCAGCCGGCUGGCGCGAGAUCCUUCAGUCCAUCGAAAAGCUCGUGGAUAGUGACAGCGUCUUGCGCCAGCCUGAUCAACUCCAGGACAUCUUGUUUGACGAUGACGCCUUUUCGACCUCGAAGCGCUAUUUCUGGGCUAUCAAUUUCAUCCACGAGGCGGACAAGCUACUGGAUGAUUCGAUCCAACAAUGGGUUAGGUUUCGAAAACGGUCUGUGACGCCGUGGACCGCCAUGGGAUUGCAGAGCGACCGGGAAUACUACUGGUACGAGAAGUCUCAGGAGGUGCUCGCCACAGCGGACCAGGUGGCGGAGGAGUCGUGUGAGGAUCUGAAGAGGCUGAGGCAGGAGUUUCAGGAGAAGCUGGAACGCAUCACCAUUAUGAGAGACGGCCUUGGCGAGAACGUUAAGCUCCUCACCUUCGUUAGCAUCUUCUUCCUUCCUCUGGGCCUCUGCAUGGCAAUCUGGAGCAUCAACGAGUCCUACAGCAGCACCAACCUGGCGAUCGUGACGGUUGUCGUGGCUGUCGCGACGUACGCGCUCACGUUCAACCUCAACAACGCGGUGCACGGCCUGCAGAAGAUAUACGGGCCCAAGCGGCGGACGCUGAUCGAGCAGAUGGAGGGGGACCCGAGCCUGAGGUGGCGGUGGUUUGGUGACCGCUUCAAGGUGUUUGAGCGGAGCGAGCGCGGACAGCAGAAGCCGUCCGAGUGGAUCAUCUGGGCCUAUCUCUUUCGACGUAUGUGGCGCGCGGUGCUGCGGAAGAAGGACCCGGGGCCGGACGAGAUGGGGUCGGGGUGGAGUCUGUGA